GUUGGAGCUGGUGGCUCGCGCCUCAGUGGCAGAGAAGACCCGAGACAGAAGAGGUUACACCCGUACUACCGGAGCUGUCCACUUCUACCGAGGUGCUGAAGUCAGGAUCCCCUCUCCAUUCGCCGUUUGUUGAUAGUAUUUCCGAAAGGGAUUAAAGCGCUUGCUUCACGCAAACUUCCUCUGAGGACGUUUAUUGCGUGGAUCAUAUCACUAUCCGUGGAUUUCAUCGGACGUACUUGGCAGUUGAAGUGAAGUGGGCUACAACUGUUUUUUUUUUGUAAAAUCUUUUCUCGGAUUAUACUCUGGAUGCUUUGCGUCUGGACAUACAGGAACAUACCGAUGAGGACGCCCAAAUGUUGGUCGCUGGCUGUUUUCUUGUUGGGCAUUGUAUUGCCCAUCGCGGAGGCGAGGCCCAGCCAGGAGGGAUUCGGGCAGCUGCCCUAUCGACCGGUGGUGAGGUUCCGACACAAGCAGGAUGGGAAUCCAGGGACCCUGCAUAUAAAGGGGUUUAUGGGCCAUGGCGGUGCCGCCGGUCCUUGUGAGCACAAGUACUGUGGUUUGGGCCGACACUGCGAAGUCAGCCGUGAGACUGGCGUGGGAGAGUGCCGGUGUCUGGACAGCUGCAAACCACACUACAAGCCAGUGUGUGGGUCGGACGGCAAGCUGUACCAGAACCACUGUGAGCUCCAUAAGGCUUCCUGUGUCGGGGGGCAGAGGAUCACCAUCAUGCACAGCGAGGAGUGCUUCUACAAAGAUGAUAACUGCAGAUUGAGUGACUACCGUGGACUGAAGAACAAGAUUCUGGACCUGUAUGACCAGAGGUACAUGGGGUCCGGCAACAAUGGAGGUCAUAAAGACAACAUGGCCGCCAGGAAGCAGCUGGUGGACGUCAUCUUCAAACGCUUUGAUGCCGACAGUAGCGGGAGAGUUGACAGCAGCGAGCUCUCCCAGGUGAUCAAGCAAGAAGGUCUGUCCAAGGGUGUCUCGGAGUGCACAUUGUUUGACCUCCUCAAAUACAACGACAUCAAUGGGGAUGAGAGCCUGGCCAAGGAUGAAUUCUACAAAGCCUUCGGUAAUGUUUCCAGCUCCCGCCUCCCCGACGACCAGAGGCUGAGCGUCACCACGGUAAACGUUGGCCAGAGUGCCGUCUUGACCUGUGCAAUCACCGGGGAGCACAGACCUCCGAUAAUGUGGAAGCGCAACGAUCAGAUCCUCAACACCUUGGAUCUGGAGGAUAUCAACGAUUUCGGAGACGACGGCUCUCUGUACAUCACCAAGGUGACCACCACUCACAUGGGGAACUACAGCUGCUAUGGCGACGGUUACGAGCAGCUCUCACAGACACACAUGCUGCAGGUGAACGUCCCCCCCGUCAUCCGGGUGUACCCUGAGAGCCAGGCGAGGGAGCCGGGGGUGACGGCGAGCCUGCGCUGCCACGCAGACGGCGUCCCGGAGCCACAGCUGUCCUGGCUGAAGAACGGCAUGGACAUCACCUCCAAGCUGUCCAAACAGCUCACCCUGCAAGCUAAUGGAAGUGAGGUUCACAUCAGCAAUGUGCACUUUGAGGACACCGGCGCAUACACCUGCAUCGCCAAAAAUGAGGCUGGAGUGGAUGAAGACAUCUCAUCGCUGUUUGUGGAAGACUCAGCUCGCAAGACCCUAGCCAACAUUCUGUGGAGAGAGGAAGGUCUGGGAAUCGGCAACAUGUUCUAUGUGUUUUACGAGGAUGGCAUCAAAGUCAUCCAGCCGGUCGCAUGUGAGAUCCAGAGACACAUCAAGCCCAGUGAGAAACUCCUGGGCCUUCAGGAGGAGGUGUGCCCACAGUCAGCAGGAGAGACAGAGCAGAAGUGUGUGUGGUCAUCAGCGGUCAACGUCAAGGACAAGUUUAUUUACGUCACACAGCCAACCUUGGGCCGGGUCCUCAUCGUUGACAUCCAGUCACAGAAGGCUGUCCAGACUGUGAACACAGAUCCCUACCCAGUGAAGCUGCACUACGACAAAUCCCACGACCAGGUGUGGGUGCUGAGCUGGGGGAACGCAGACAAGAACUUUCCUACUCUGCAGGUGAUCAAUCAGGCUAGCGGGAGUGUGUCCCACCACACCAUCCACACCCAGCCGCUCGGCAGACGCUUUGAUAGGGUGGAUGAUUUCUUCAUCCCUGCCGCCAGCCUCAUCAUUAAUCACAUCAGGUUUGGGAUCAUCCUCCACAGAAACGAACCCGUCCUCCACAAGAUUGACCUGGAGACCAUGUCGUACGUGAGGAACAUCAGCCUGCGGCAGUUUAACUGCGUGCCACGCUCCCUGGCCUACAGUCACCUGGGGGGGUACUACUUCGUCAACUGCCGUCCCGACUCCACCGGCGCCACGCAGCCGCAGCUCAUCGUGGACGGCGUGACCGACGCCGUCAUCGGGCAGAACCGGGACGUCACCGGAACCCCCUACGUGUCCCCGGACGGUCGCCACGUGGUAACCGUGGACGACCGGGACGGCCUGAUGAGGAUCCAGACCAUCACGGAGCGCGGGGAGAUCCAGGACCCCUUCGACAUCCACACCAACCUGCACCUGUCCCACCUGGCCUUCCAGCCCUCCUUCACCGAGGCGCACCAGUACAACGUGUUCGGCAGCUCCGGACGGCAGACGGACGCCCUGUUCGUGGAGCUGAGCUCUGGGAAGGUGAAGAUGAUCAAGAGCCUGAAGGAGGCCACCAAGCCCUCCGACUGGCCCUGGAGCAGCAGGAACAGGGUCGUGGAGGGAAGCGGGCUCUUCGGACAGUACCUCAUGACCCCUUCCAGGGAGUCUCUCUUCAUCCUGGACGGACGCCUCAACAAGCUCAACUGCGAGAUUACCGACGUUGUCAAGGGCAACGUGGUGGUGUGGGUGGGCGAGUCAUAGGAGGCUACGCCGACCGGUGUUGUGUUAUCUGAGGUACAGUUGCACUGGAUUUGGUUGCGGGUGUGUCAUUUACGGGGUGCGACGAUCGAAACAUUCUUAAACCAAAUUGACCGUUGAUAAUCGCGUUGGGUGUAUAACGAUCAAAAGCAAAUUCUUAAACUUUUUUGACCAUAUUGACCGUUGAAAUAGCAUUGGAUGUGUAACCUUGUAGAGGAGGGCUCUGUCGUAGUUGUCUGCAAGUCAAAAUGGGUGGUUCAAACAUAGUCGACACGAAGGUGUUCCCUAAUAUCCGUGAGAGAAUCCAAAUCUAAUCAUUUUAUCAAAUUAUGCCAUAUAUGCAGCAUAUAUUAACACAUGCAAAUCUCUUGCUCACGCAAAGUUGAACUGAAAUGACGGUCCAGUAACUGAAGGUAAAACGAUGUCUGGCCUGUCUGUUUGGUCUCCUCAUUCCCACUCUUCCCUGUGCCUUGAAGGAAAACAUACUCCAUAAGAGGAAUUAGAGUAAUUAUUCCCAUUGCGACUGCAGCUUAUACCUCCUCUUUUGACCCUCCCUCAUGGUGAGAGAUGCUCCAAAAAGAAUCCAUUUUUUCUCUUCUUUAUCUCAGACCGACGUCGAGCCGUUUCAGGCUAAUUAAAAAGAGCCCUUGCUGAGAUCCCGUCCCUUUUGAAGUGAAGAUUGAGAGAUUGAGUCGUCUUUUAUGAUUGUGCACUCUGUAAACUUUGAUCUUUGAGGCGUAAUGAGCAGAGAAUGAUUUGAAUGUGAUUUCUGUCCAACAAUCAAAGUCAACGACAAGUUAGUUAAAGUGCUCCGGCUUAAUAUUGUAAAAUAAAUAUUUUUAGUUCACCACAGCUUUAAGUCAAUAGGUCAGUGUGUUUAGCAAAAUUCAUUCCAAUUCCAAAAUCCUCGCCCAAAAAUGCGUAGUGUGCUAGUAAAUCCAGUAGAAAACAUGAGAAACUGUCAGUUAUUUUUGACUGUGUUGAAAAUUGAUGUUUUAAUGUGAAGUAAUGAUCGAUUCACAUAUUGGGGUGUGGAUUUCUUGCGGUGGUAGAGCGUAGGGGGGAGUUGAGCCUAGGUCGUAUUGGGUAGAGGGGGUCUUGGUCUAUGAGCUGUAAAUCACAGUUGUUUUCAAAUGCUUUGAGGUGGAGCAUAGUUGGAUCCAUUAGUUGUACCCAAAAUAUCUGGCAAGCAUGCCUGGCAUAGACAUCAGACUGACUCCUAGAUUGACACAUUCUAUGCAUUUUCACCCUAGCACUCUAAUAUUGUGUGUAAUGAGGAAAACUGUUAAAUUGAUAUUUAUUUUUUUCUUAAGCUUGUUUCUGACCUUUCAUGUAAUUUAUGCACAGGGCCAUGUAAAGAUUUCCCAGUUCAGAUAAACACUUCUCUAGUUUUAUCGAGGACAUUUCCUCUAUCUCUCGUUUUCAAACCCGUAGGACCGUCCAGAUAAACCGAGAUUUGUGUUCUGUACAUAGAAGCAGGCAGUGAGUUCAUCACCAUUGUUGCUUUCAUACACUUUCUGAGGGCUCUGUUAUUGUUUUGAGUAAAUAGGCACCCUCCUUUACAGGAAACCACAACUGCGUCCCCUUAUCCUUGACCAAGUACAUUGUGAUGUCACUUCCACAUAGCCAUGUUCUGUAUGUUCCUUUUGUGUGGUUAUUUAUGUAGAGAAAACACGCUUGUCAUUUUACCCAACAAUAAAGCCUAUACUCUCUAAACCUGGA